AUGGACACCCCCUCUAACCCCGCCUCCUCCUCCGGUUCCACCGCUGCUGUCCUCCCGGCCGACGGGCAGGAUGACCGGGCUCCGGUUCGGCCCACUCAGGACUCUCCCGCCUCUCCAGCCACCAAAGAACCCCCCCUCUCGGACCCUCCCCCCUCCGCCUCCGCCUCUCCCGAUGAAAUCGCUCGACCCGGCUCCGGUUCCCGGGCAGGACCCGCCCCCACAAAGCUCCCGGCGGCCAUCUUAUCCACGCCACAACUCCAAGCUGACUUUGGCCUAGUGAUACCAAACCCGUCCCCCUUCCCUCAGCCAACAUGUCCUGGCAAAGACGGGGAUAAGGCGGCAGCGGAAGCAGCAGCAGCAGCAGCAGCAGAUGACGACGACGACGGAGAGGAUGGUGGAACGGAGGCCCAGCUCUUCUUCGGAGCCAAAGGCUCGGCCUAUCUCCUCAGCGGUGGCCACGUUCUCUUACCAAAGGGCUCCCCUAGCACCACAGCUCCCCCGGUGUCUACCCUCCACGUCCAGCGGGGUGGAGGCCCUAACCAAGGCUUUACGUCUACUGACCAAAUGUCCCAGAAUACCUCAGCGCCAGCCGAGUGGACCCCUCGUGGCGCCUUCUACACGUACCGACUGGCCGGGGGCCCCGCUCGAACCACAUCUGCCAAAAACGUUCCCUCCAAACCCAAAGAUGCCCCCGCCACCCACACGGAGGAUGAGGAAAACCCCACAGGGGAAGCCGGUCUUGGCCAAGACGAGGAGCUACCGAGGCCACCCAUCUGGCUGUGUCUAAUAUGCCGCCUUUCUUUCCACCGGGGCCGUUCCUUGGUGACCCACGCCCGUGGGGCCCACGGGGUGCAGCUGAGCGCCGACCAAUGCCAGAUCCUGUCCAGAGGGGCUUCUGCCGUGUUCCAGGGUACCACACUUGGCUUCCUAGAACCAAAUAACCCCACCUCCGAGGCAGACCUCAAUGCCAGAAUGUGUAGCAGAUGGGUGAAUGUAUCGGAAGAAGAGGAGGAGGAGGAGGAGGAGGAGGAGAAAGGAAGCUCAGAAGGACAACGCGAGCCACCCGAUGCCAAAGAUUCAAGGGUCGGCGGUGCGUGCUGGGCAAAGGGGGGCUUGGAGGACAAACCAGAGAAUGAAAAGGAGGAGGAGGAGGAGGAGAAAGAGGAGGCUGGCGAAAAGAAAGAGGAGGGAAGGCUUCUUCCAGACCAAAGCUCACAUGGCCAAAGCCCACUCAUGGGUGCUAACGCCGCCCUCUCGGAGACGCCACAGACCAAGGUUGAUAACGACGUCAACAUCGGGUUGGCCAAGGAGGACGUCAACACGGAGAUGGUCAACAAAGCCGCUGGCUCGGCCAGCGAAGUCGUCAGCGCGGGACUGGUUCAAGACAGCUCUCAAGUCGAAUCAGCUGGAAAACCUGAUGACGCUGGGUCGGCCACCAAAGGGAACAACGAGGACCUAACCCACACCACAGAAAUCAACAACGCCGGGUUGGCGCAUGACGCCGGCGCCGCUGAGCUGGCCCAUGGCAUCGGCAACAUGGGGACGGCCAACGACAUGGCCAGCGUCGGGUUUGAGGUGAGCAACAGCCACAACGGAUCGGCCCCGCUUGGCUUCGGGGACGAUUUCACAGCCAUGGCCUACUCCGGCUUGAGUCUGUCCGGCCACAUGUCGUUGCUCCACUCGCGCAACUCCUGCAAGACUCUGAAGUGUCCCAAGUGCAACUGGCAUUAUAAGUACCAGCAGACCCUGGACGUGCACAUGAAAGAGAAGCACCCGGAGAACAACAGCCACUGCGCUUACUGCAGCACCGGCGGCCCCCACCCCCGCCUGGCCCGGGGCGAGAGCUACAACUGCGGCUACAAACCCUACCGCUGCGAGGCCUGCAACUACUCCACGACCACCAAGGGCAACCUCAGCAUCCACAUGCAGUCCGACAAGCACCUGGCCAACCUGCAAGGCUACCAGGCCACGGGGGGCAACGGGACCCCCUCGGUGGUCCCCGUCGCGGCCCCCACCCCGCCCUCCCCCGAGGAGAAGGAGUUGAAGGGCAAGUCCUCUUGGCAGUGCAAGGUCUGCAGCUACGAGACCAACAUCUCCCGCAACCUCCGGAUCCACAUGACGUCGGAGAAGCACAUGCAGAACAUGCUCCUGCUUCACCAGGGGCUGCCCCUGGCCCUGCCCGGACUCCUGGGACAACCCCAGCCCUCGCAAGGAGGCAAGCCGCAGCCGGAGCUCUUCCAGUUCUACGGGGCCCAGGCCCUCGGCCACUCCCACCACCCCCACCCCCACCAUGCCCACUCCGGGGCCAGCCCGGCUCUGCGGGGGGACAAGCCCAUGGAACAAACCCAGCUCUUACUCAAUGGAGGCUUCCCGCAACUCGGUACCCCCGGCAGGAAGAUGGCCACCUUGGGGUCAGCUCCUGCGUCGUCGCUCUCUCCGGAGCCCGCCCCGCCUUCCCCGCUGCCACCCCACUCUGGGUCAGACCUGGGGUCUCCCCAGAGGUUGUUCACCUGCCUGGUGUGCCAGGCGUUCAGCACGGACGGCCUGGAGGCCCUCCUGCGGCACGCGUCGGCCCCCCGCUCGCUGCCCGAGGGGGAAUGGAAGGAGGUGUCGGGGGACUUGCACCGGUGCAGACUGUGCGCCUACGGGACCCAGCUGAAGGCCAACUUCCAACUGCAUCUCAAGACCUUCCUCCUAGAGCUGGAGGCUGCGUCGGCGCUGGGCCCCGAACCCGCCCAGUUCCGCUGCCUCCUCUGCAACACGGACGCUCCCAACCGCCUGCUGCUGAUCCAGCACCUCCGCUCCGCCCAGCACCGUGACACUCAUGGCCAGUGGCGCCUUCAGCUCCUGCAGAACGGGGAGGGCACCCCCAACCUGGAGAGAUACGUCUGCCUCGCCCCCGCGAACCCCGCCGGGAAGGAAAUGUUGACGGAAAGCCAGUCCCCAGAGAAAGAAACACUGCAUAAAGCCCAGAUGCCGGGUUCUGACGAGACUGAAGGCAAAGCCGGAGCUGUGGGCAGUACCACGGUGUUCUGCUGUCCGUACUGCAACUUUGUUGACCAGGCGGCCGAAGCGGUGCGGGCUCACACCAUCUCCCAGCAUGCCGUGCAGCCCAAGUUCCGUUGCCCGCUGUGCCAGGAGCAGCUGGUGGGCCGGACGAACCUCCAUUUCCACCUCAGCCACAUCCACAACGUGGUGCCCGAGUGUGUGGAGAAGCUUUUGCUGGUGGCCACCACUGUGGAAAUGACCUUUGCCACCAAAGUCGUCCCAGGGCCCAGCCUCCCUCCCGACCCACCGAAGCCAGACGGGACUCCCAGCCCAGAGCAAGGGGGUGCAAACGAACCCCCCCAAAGCCCACUUGUCGCACCGCCCACCGGGGACAGAGCUCCUUCCGCUCCGGCGCCGUGCCCUGAAACGCCCCCGGCUGCCGCUCCUUCCCCAGCGCUGCCUGCAGACCCUCCAGAAAAGCCACCUUCCACCUCUUCCACCCCUCCCCCACCCGCUCCCCCCGAGGCCGAAGACGAAGACCCUCCUCGCCCGAACGCCCCACCCGAGGAGCAGCCCCUGCCGCCAUUGCAGGCCCCGGCGGAUCCUCCCGAGGCCUCGCCGCCUGCCCAGCCGAGCCAGGAUCCCCGGCACCCGCUGUCCUACCGCAAGGCAACCAAUUUUGCCUUAGACAAGUUCCUGGACCCCGGCCGCCCAUACAAGUGCACCAUAUGCAAGGAAUCCUUCACCCAGAAGAACAUCCUCUUGGUGCACUACAAUUCCGUCUCCCACCUCCACAAGAUGAAGAAGGCUUCGGCUGACCCCUCGGCACCCUCCAGAGGCGAACCGGGUGCCCCCGGGGCUCUCCAGCCGUCCUCCGACAAGCCUUACAAGUGUACCACCUGCCGGGUGUCCUACAACCAGAGUUCCACACUAGAGAUUCACAUGCGGUCGGUUCUGCACCAGACCCGCUCCCGCGUUGCCAAGAUGGAAGCUGCGGGCAAAGCCGAGGCUGCGUCGGCUGAGGCGGAGCCCCCGAGCGAGGCACCCCCAGAAACAGAGGCACCCAAGCUCUUAGAAGCUGGCUGCAUGCCAGUACCGGCUCUCCCCUUUUUGGCGCCGCCCACGGCAGAGCUACAGCACUUCCCCACGCCCAUAUUUACACCGCCAUUGCUGCCGCCCUUCCCGUUGGUCCCGGAGUCGCUCCUAAAACUGCAGCAGCAACAGCAGCAGCUUCUGCUCCCCUUUUAUUUACACGACCUCAAGGUGGCCCCCAAACUGGCUUUAGCGGCACCGGCACUCACCCUCCCCACCACUCCACCCGUACUGUUGCCACCGCCCCCAGCCAAGGAGGAACAGCCCCCCGCAGCGAGCAGUUCGAAACCAGAGCCGGCAGAAGAGGCAGAAACAGAGGAGGCAGAGGGGUCUCAGCUGGGGAGCGAGGCGUCCCGCACAGCAGCCAAGGCCCUUCUGGAGAACUUUGGGUUUGAGCUCGUUAUCCAAUACAACGAGGGCAAGCAACCGGCAGCGGUGGCGGCUCCAGCUGUCCCCCCUCGACCCCCAGCGGGCAAGCUGCAGUGCGGCACGUGUGGGAAACAGUUCUCCAACAUGCUCAUCCUGAAAACACAUGAGGAGCAUGUACACCGGCGCUUCCUGCCUUUCGAGGCACUCAAUCGUUAUGCUGCCCAGUUCCGGAAGAGUUAUGACAGUAUGUAUCCACCACCGCCACCCACACUCCCUGUUGAGACCACCACCACCACCGUUGCUGCUCCCACAACCACCGUUGCUGCUCCCGCCGCUGCCACCACAGAAACCUCAACCGUCACUGUCCAACCACCCUCCAUUCCUUUGGAAAUUCCCUCCCUCUGCCCUCCUUUUUUAAUGCAACCCAUGCCAGUGGCAGUUCCAGCACCCGACAGUGAGACUCCUCGGGUGUCUCCAGAGCGCUUGAAAUCUCUCUGGUUUCGUGGUGAGGACGAGGAAGGUGGAAAUUUCUCUGCGGGUCCUGAUCCUUCCCGGAGUGGCUUCCACACCACCCGGCGCUUCUCCCGCACUAAAUUCACGGAGUUCCAGUCUCAGGCUCUGCAGUCCUUCUUCGAGGCCAGCGCUUAUCCCAAAGACGGCGAGGUCGAGCGUCUGUCAGUGGUCUUGGGCUUGCCAAAUAGGGUUAUCGUGGUUUGGUUCCAAAACGCCCGCCAGAAGGCCCGCAAGUGCGGCAGCGAAACCGGGGUAAGUAGCGGAAGCACCGGGGUGCAACCCACCUGCAAGAAGUGCCGGACGUCCUUCCGCUGCAUCUUUGAGCUGAUACGUCAUCUCAAGAAGUGCUACAACGACCAGCACGAGGAAGGGGAAGCAGACUGUGCCGAGGAAGAGAAUGAGGCUCACGAGGAAGAAGAACAGGAGGAGGAAGAAGAAGAGGAACAGCAGCAGCAAGAGCCUUCGGCAACUGAUGGAGACCCUAAGGCGGAUGGAGCUGGAGACAAAGUCCCCGAGGAAGAGCUCCCCUCUCCAGAAGCCGUGCCAGAAAGCUCAGCCAGUCACCCCUGCGAGCAGUGCCCAGCCAAGUUCUCUAGUGCUGACCUCCUCAAUGCCCACCAUGUUAGUCACAUGCCGGCGGCCGGUCCUUCAUCAGCUACCAUCACCACCAUCGGACCCCCCCAACAACUCCUGGACUUGCCCCCCUUGCUGUUUGGCGAGCGCACACCUCACCCCGAUCCCUCCCGUGCGCAGAAGCGGAAACACGAGGACGGGAGCUUGUCGCCCACUGGCAGCGAAUGUGCCAGCAUGGCAGGAGGGGACAGCGAGCCCCCGCGGGACAAGCGCCUGCGCACCACCAUCUUGCCCGAGCAGCUGGAGAUUCUAUAUCGCUGGUACAUGCAGGACUCCAAUCCGACCCGGAAGAUGCUCGACUGCAUCUCGGAAGAAGUGGGGCUUAAAAAGAGGGUCGUCCAGGUGUGGUUCCAGAACACGAGAGCCCGGGAGAGGAAGGGCCAGUUCCGCUGCAACACCAGUGCUGCCGUUCCAACCACCAAGCCCUCAACGGCACUCCCUACCGCCUUCCCAAAGUUCAACCCUCCACCGCGAGACCCGCCCAUCCUUUUUGGAGCUGCCUUCGCUCCCAGCCUCCCUGCGGUCCCUGCCCAGCCGCCACCGCCAAGCAAGCUGGAAGUUCCUGUGGAUUCACAAACACAGGACGAAGCAGUCGAAGAAGAGGUGCCCAAGGAGAACGAAGACAGAAGCUUGUCAGGAGGGGAACUGAGCGAUUCGUCAUCCUCGUCCUCUUCUCUGGCUGACCUGGAUUCCCCGGGCAGCCGACGGAGUCGAGCGAUGGAGGGUGGUCCUGGAGGCAUCCAUGACCCCCUGGGUCAGCGCCGGUACCGCACCCAGAUGUCCAGCCUUCAACUUAAAAUCAUGAAGGCUUGCUACGAGGCCUACCGGACUCCCACCAUGCAAGAGUGCGAGCUCUUAGGCGAAGAAAUCGGGCUGCCCAAGCGAGUGAUUCAGGUGUGGUUCCAGAACGCCAGGGCCAAAGAGAAAAAGGCCAAGGCGGCCUCGGGCAGUACCAGCGGGGGCGACGAAGGGCCUCCCAGCACGCACACUCAGUCAGAAUGCCCCUACUGCAAAGUCAAGUAUGAUUUCUACGUGUCCUGCCGUGGGCACCUCUUCUCCCGUGGCCACCUGGCCCGACUCAAAGAGGCCAUCAAGGCGCAGCUCAAGAGUGAGAGCAAGUGCUACGAGCUGGUCCCCGACAAAGGGGCGCCAUCCCCAACAAGGCUAGGCGCCUCUUUGCCCCCCACCACCAUGCCGCCGUCCCUUGGGAGUAUGGCCUCCUUUGUGCCAGGCCCUUCCUCUUCUUCCUCUGGUGUUUUGAGCACCCCACUGGCCUCAGCCCAGCCAGGCCCGCCCUUACCUCAGCGCCUCACGCCAGAACCGGCCCAGCUCGGCCCCUCGACGGAGCCUGCUCCUGCUCCAGAGACCUCUCCGACCGACAGUCAGGCGGACCCGACUUCAAGUUCAGCCCCAGAACCCUCCUUGUCCUCCACUGCCACGCUGAAGAACCUCAAGACGCUGAAGGCCACGGUGCCGGCCCUGCUGGGUGGCCAGUUCCUGCCCUUCCCGUUGCCGGCAGCGACCGCAGCGGCCCCCUCGCUCUUCGGAGCCCAGCUGCCCGGGGCCUACUUCCAGCAGCUCUACGGCAUGAAGAAGGGGCUCUUCCCUAUGAACCCUGUCAUACCUCAGACACUCAUGGGGCUGCUGCCCAACCCCUUGCUCCCGACGCCCGCACCCGAGCCGCCCGUCGAGGUGUCCGAGGCCCCUGGCAUCUCUACGGUUGACGUGACUCACCAGUACCUUUGCCGCCAAUGCAAGGCAGCCUUUGAUAGCGAGGGGGCGGCCGCCGCCCACCAGGCCGCUUUCUGCUACUUUGGGCGCCAGCCGCCGGCAGCCCCACCCCCGCUGCGCGUGCCCGUGUGCACCUACCACUGCCUGGCCUGCGAGGUGCUCGUGAGCGGGCGCGAGGCACUGGGGGCUCACCUGCGCUCCAGCGCUCACCGGCGCAAGGCCGGAUCCAACGCAGCAACUGCAUCGGUGUUUGCCAAAGAGGAAUCCAAAUUACCUCACUCGGACUCCAACCCAAAAAGUAACGCUACCUCUACGACACUUCUAGCUUUAUAGAGACGGAUGCCACACUGCCACCCAUUGAGAGAGAGUGACAAACCAACUAGCCAGUAGGGGGACGGGCACCCACUCGGGUGUCCCCUCUGCCCCGUACCCACAAACCAUCCCUCAACACCCUACCCAGCCAUGACCCGUUUUUAUGGCCAGCAAGGAUAGAUGACCAAUAUGUUUGAGAGACAGCCUCUUGCCACCUGUCCAAAGCCACACCCACUGCCCUAAAGAAGCACCCUCUAUCCCAGCCUAUUGGCAUCUGCAUGGGCAAGAUAAAUUCAACUUUGCAGCCGUCCAGCCCAAACCUCACCCAUCCUGUGCAAUCCGUCCCAAGGGAAGACCAGCUGACCUUCAGCUGAAUAGACACAAUCUCCCUGUUGAGAACCCCAGACCCUAAAGAUGCCAUCUUUAGAGCGGCCUUGUACCGUCCACAAAAGAGUGUGUCUAGUUCCUUCAGCCAUUCGUGUCUUCUUGCAUUGGUCUGCUGCCCUGCCCCCAAACCCUUGCCAAUACGGCUGCUGUAUGGCUAAACCCGUCCCUUCCGUGACCCACCUUACAUAUCAACUAAAUGCAGACUCCUCACACCUCUCCUCUCUUACACCCAGAAAAGGAUAAACGGAUUUUACGUGGACAUCCAUACCUUCCCAAAUCCAACAUGGAUUCCAAAUCCACACUCUCUGCCACCUACCUGUGUAUUCUGGUCUUCCAUCUCCUGCGGCAUACCCAUGUGAUUCGGAUGUGAGAGACACACAAGAGACUUUACUUCUCUCACACCUUUAUGUUAUGGACUCCUAAUGCCCUCGCCCUGUCCCUCAGAGACUGUUCACAUAUUCUCUCAGGAACGUCUCAAGGUGACCUCUGCCACUUGAACACCUUCAGACGUUCCUCAAACGUUGGGCUCCUCACCUUAGAAGGUGAGCACUCUCUUCCUUCCGAAGCUUUUGUAUGUAAAGAUGGCACUGUCUCUCUCUCUUUCUCUGCUUGUGACUACACAAGCACCCUAAAACUCAAGUUCCCUGCUCCCGCUCAUAUCGGCACAUGUGGCCCAAAGCCCUCUCUACCACAUGUGUGCGCCAGAGUCGCACUUCUCUCUCCACCCCACCCAACAGCCGCUGGCACGUUCUUGACACAUGUACCCUUGUGCACCCAGACUCCUCUCUCUCACACACACACACACUUUUUACACACACCGCUUGAAUUCCCUCUGUCACAUUCACCUCCUACUCUUUUACUGUGUUACUGACUGAGAAAGGCCAAAAAAAAGAAGCAAAGCAAACAAAAAGAAUGGACAGAAAGAAAAAAAUUAU